AUGAAAGGCAUGGCUGAAUACUCAGAUCAGGUUUAUGUGAUGAGUUGCCCUACAGGCAAUUUAAACAACCUGCCUCGAAGUCACAGUGUCAGCUCCACAAAAUCAAACCACUUCGAUGAUGAUUAUAGGGAGCUUUUAAGGGCUGCCUCCACGAGGAGUGCUUUAGGAAGAAGUAGCAACAGCAGGAUUAAUAUGGAUGUUCCUACAAGACAACAACAAUAUGGUGCUCAUCAACAAGCUGCAACUAAAGUAGCAGACGAUAUGCCCAGGAAUCGUAGCGUUGCUAUUGGAAGGAUCGAUGAAGAAACACCAAGUGAUUUCGAUGAAGAUCAGGAUGUCAAGGUUAAGACUGAUGCUUUUCCCAGAAGCAGAAGCUAUGCUGUUACUAAAAGAACUCCUACUGGGGGGUUUUAA